AAUACAGCCGGAUUAUAUUAUCAUCAAAAUGAAAUACUUCAAGUGCUGCUGGCUUCUCUUCGUUGUACUACUCUUCAUCUCUUCACAAAAUGCCUUGGCGGCUCCAAAACGAAAAAGAAAAGGAUUUUCUUUUCCAAAAUUACCACAUGUCAACAUAAAUAUUCACCAUAAUAAUAUUCACAUUGGCUAACAACGCCUUUAUUAAUAUACGUUUUAGUGUAGUAGUUGUUAAAUAACUUAGUAUGAGUUAAGUACAUAGCUGUAGUCAUGUGUUCCGCUAAAUAUUAAUUCAGCCAUAAUAAGGUUGCUUAAAAAAUAAAAAUGGUCAAAACAUA